AUUUUUGUGAAAAAGAAAAAAAAAAUGUCAAGAUUAAAUCUUCAUGAUCAAACUUUUCGAAUUGGAUUCAAUAAUCUACCCCCAAUAACCAACAUAAAUGGAUGGGAUGAAUCACUACAAUUGUAUCGACAUGAAUAUGGUUUCGAAACGGCUAUUUUGAGAAUUUUAGCUGAACGUUUCAAUUUUACUUAUCGUUUAAUUGAUUGUCAUGACCAAUAUGGUUCACGAUUAUCGAAUGGAUCAUGGUCCGGAUUGAUUGGUCGAAUGGCACGACAUGAACUCGAUUUAGGUAUCGGUGGUUUCGCCAUUUCAUAUGAUCGUAAAAGUGUUGUUGAUUUUCUUUAUCCAUAUCUUUAUGGCCAUUAUACAUUUGCAAUGGCUAAAAUACCCAUUGUAACUGAUUUUGAUAUAUUCAUCAAACCAUUUCAAUCAACUGUAUGGUCAUGUUUAUUGAUCACAUUGAUCAUGAUAUGUUUAUUAUAUUUGGCUGCCAAACAUAUGAUGCCUAGACAUGUGAAUUUAAUUUUGAUCAGUUUUAGUAUACUAUUACGGCAACCAUAUCAUGUUCAACGUAAUCAUCAGAUAAUAAGUUCAUCAGCGAAAAUUUGGUUCCUCAUAUGGGCUAUUAUGAGCAUGGUGCUUGUUAAUGUUUAUGAAUCAUAUGUAUUUUCAACAUUGACCAUGACAAAAUCGAAUGACAUUGACACUAUUGAAAAAUUGGCAGAAUCAUGUCGUAAACAACAAAUUUUACCAUAUUCAAUUAAUAAUAGCUAUGCGAAUGAAGCAUUUCGUCAUUAUAAUCAACAAAGUCAUAUAUAUACGAUAUUUAAAUAUAUGAAAUUUUUACCAAUAUUUAAAGAUGGUAUCGAUAUGAUUAUGAAUUCUGAUUCAAUUGCAUUCAUAGCUGCACGAUCAAGAUUGGAACUAGCACAAACAAUUAUUGGCAAUGAUAAAUUAUAUUUACCAAUCGAUGGUUAUGAUACUACAUUCUUUAAUACAUUGGCAUCUAUAGUGACAAGUUAUUCGUUUCUAUAUCAAAAUGAAUUUAAUCAAGAGAUUUCCUAUAUAACUAAUAGUGGUAUUUUGAAAAAGUUAGAACAGCUAGAAUCUUGGCGAAUCACACAUCAACAUAAAAAACUUGAUGAUUCAAAUCUAAUCGAAUCUGAACAAAAUGAUAAUAUUCAUCAAAUAAAGAAAAUAUCAUUAAAACAUUUGAAAAUCAUAUUUUUAUUAUAUUUAUUCGGAAUAUUUAUCACUUUUUGUUCAUUAAUCAUUGAA